UCAGAAGAUGGAUUAAACGAAAGCCAAAGCUAAUCAAUCGUGUUAGCUUAUAGUCGAAGCUAAACCCUGAAACAGAUUUCGCUCUUCAGUAAUAUUUUCCCCAAUUUUUCUCCCUCUGGAAAAAUUCUAGGGUUUGUCGCCCUAUUGGAAUUGAUUGUAAAUCCUGUUGAAUUCAUCAUCGAAACAUGAAUUGCGAAGUUUGCCAACUCAAAGAAUUGGAAGUAGGGCACUUGGAGUUUGAGAUACGAGAAGUUCUGCGCUGCAUCCUACAUACAAUUUUGUUUCAUCGGGCUUUAGGUCUUGUGCGACCCAAAGAUGUUGAUUUGGAACUUUUUGAAAUUACAUAUGUUCAAUGUGGAGAUUUGGAAAUUGAGAAGAAAAUUGAUGAGAAGAUAGAGCAAUUCAUUAGUUGGGUAGAGAAACACCCUAACAAAAAGAGCCAGAUAUGUUUGUCCUUUUAUGAAGUGAAAAACAAGCAAGCCUUUUUGUUCACUCACAAAAUAGAACGCCUGUACUGGGAACAGUGGUAUAUUAAUUUGAAUGUGUCCCAACUCCCAAGGACACAUUCUGGCAAGUCGCACCGUUCCAAAGUUGUAGUGGACCCCGGAGCUAUGAUCAUAGAGAGUUCCAUGGAGGAAAGCAGCGCUCGACGGGCAGCUCUUGAAGCAUCUCUUCGUGAUGUUUUGUUUCAAAUAAUAAAAUUUGUCAAUGAGAAAAAGGAUCAUGUUCCCCCCAUACCAAAUCGCGAGGGUGUAGUCUCUUAUCCUUACGAAAUUACUAUUCCAAGUUCAUCAGAUUCUGCAUUUGGGAUGGACGUGUUCAAGAGGAUGCUUCAGACUGGGCAUCCAACCAUGCUUAGCUGAUUAUCCUAGUUUCUCCAGCAAAAGCAACCGCCUAACCCGUCCCACAGAGUAAAGCUGCUAUAGCAAGGAAGGUUCUGUUCUGAUGACAAAGAAGUGAUCAAGUGUUCCACACUGGUUGAUCUUAUCAUUUUGUAAAUAUGCUUCUGUCGUACUCUCUUGUCUUGCUUUAUUUUCAAUUACCCAUUAUUUAUCUUUUCUCACGCUUCCACUCUCUUGUACAUACCGUAAUGGAUAUCAAUUGAGUCAAUGGGAACCACAAAUGUAGUUAUUUAGUGUUUGUGGAAGAAUCAUGACCAACAUGUGAAAACUGAAAGUGGCAUGACACUAAUAGGAUGUGGAUAUAUGGGACCUUCACUUGUAUAUAUAUAUAUAUAUAUAAGUCGUGAUUAUCAAUAUUGGUGAUAAA